GACUAUCCCACAGGCUCGUCACCCUGGGCCAGCUCGCCUGACGCCAGCCGCACCAGUUUUGGCGGCGACGAUGUACCCAGAGAAGAAUUGCCUGCGCCGGCCGUGCAGAGUGUGGACGCUGAGCAUCCCAAUGGCGAGCAUGAACAUGGUGCCUGGGCCUCACAGCAGGAGCACGAAUCUUCACAUGAACAGUCACAGGGCCAGUGGGGCCAGCAACAGGUCCAGCAAGCACACGAACAACAAGUGUCACCGCAGCAGCGAGGCUCGGGCGAAGAGAAUAGGCGAUCAGCCAGCGCGAGAUACCACAAUGUCCAGCAGAGGCAGCAUAUGCCGCAGUAUAAGCUACAGGCCAAGAUCACAGGUCUGGAGCGCACAGGCAAGAAAGAUCCAAUUCUGAGGUUCGAUGUUCAUACCAACCUGCCCAAAUUCAGGACGACUCAAUUCCGCGACAUCCGCCGCACUCAUUCUGAAUUCCAGAAGCUCGCUGCACAUCUUCAAGCCGCCAAUCCGGAAGCAUUAGUCCCUGCUGUCCCGCCUGCCUCGACCAGCGCCGGCAUGGGUACGGAUGAGGAUGAAGCUCGAACCAAGACGGCUCUUCAGCGAUGGCUGAACGUGGUGUGCUCUAACGAAGUGCUCAUGAGAGAUGAGGAGAUGGUUUUUUUCGUAGAGAGUGACUUUGGAUACAGUCCAGUGGUGCGGAAGAAGCAGCCUGCGACGGGCGUGAGGAGAAAGGUGCUCAAACAGUUUGCACCGCCCCCAGAUGACACACCGGAACUGCUUGAGAGUAGGCCUAUAGUUAAGGCUUUCUAUCUCGGAUCGAUGGACAGCCAGCAGAAAAUCGACAGGGUGGUCAAGAACAGACGAGCUUUGGGGCUUGCGGAAUCAGAUCUGGGCGUCAAAAUUCAGACAUUGUCAAACAAUGAAAUGCAUCCUGGUCUGGCCAACGCAUAUCGCAAGCUUGGAAAAGUGAUCCAGAAUACUGGAGACUUUCACGCGGCACAAGGCACGGCGGAAGCUGCGACGCUCUCCGAUCCGCUAGCGUACCACAGCAGCGACGCUUUUAUCGUGAAAGAAACACUGACCAAUCGACACAUCCUCCUGCGCGAGCUCAUACAGGCUCAGCAAUCAACGCGAAGCAAGCUCCACGCUGCUGAUCGACUCAAGGCCAGUUCAAGUGUGAAGCGCGACAAAGUGGACGAGGCGAUAUCUGCCCUGGACGAAGCACGCAGUCAUGAAUCGUACCUGCAACAGAAGACACAUCGAGUCACGCAAAACUUGGUCGUAGAGAAGAGGAAAUGGUUUGCACGCACUGCUGCAGACAUGCGGACAGCGAUACGGGAGUAUGUCAUUAGAGAAAUCGAGGCGGAGAGACGGACAUUAGCCACGCUUGAGCAAGUGCGACCUGAUGUCAGGAAUAUCGAUGCAUCUGGGGGACUUUCGAGAUUGGGUCGUGAAGCACAUCCUGUGGUCAGACGCAGUAGCAUGGCGUCUUCACAAGGGCCAAAGGGCGACGCAUGGUCUGGCGUGCCUCGCAGACCAGAUGGCUUGAACCGAAGCAUAAGCGGAACCUGGCCAGGCGCCGUACCUGAGGAAGGCGAGGAGGGAGAAGAAGGUGUCGAAGGUGGUCGCAAACGUGCGACGAGCUCGGCCAGCAGUCUUGGCAAAUUAAAGGACGACGAUGAUGAUGAUGAUCGAAUUGAUGCAAGAAAUGCUGCUAGUAGGCUGGCACAGACGACGUUCUAAGGGAGCUGGACGCGAAAACGUUCUGUUGUAUGAAGCUUUUCCUACAUGCUCAAGACUCCGGUUGAGAAUAUGGGCAGAAUGUAAAGAUCUCAAAUGAUAGCGACAGUAUAUCCUCUCUC